AUGCCGAUGCCAAUGCCGAUGUCGGCAGGGUACCGCGGCCAGGCGGCUGCUCCUAUGGGGUAUCAGUAUCACGGGGCGCAGGCGCCGCGGCCACCGGCGGGGUACCGCGGCCAGGAGCCGGUGCCGUUCAUCGGCCAGGCGCGGCAGCGUCAGGCGAUGGCCACGAUGCGGCCUUCGGGCCCAGCGGCGGGUGGUCAAGCGGUCUCGCCGCCGUCGGCCUCACGACCUUCUCCUCAGCAGCAACAGCCGCAGCAGCCGCAGCCGGAGACGGAAGAGAUGCGCGAGGCGCGGGUGAUCCGGCAGCACAUGGAGGAGUACUUCCGGCUGGGACGGCAAGGGCUGUUGCCAAGCUCCCUGUGGCCACCGCCGUGUUUCGCGGCGCAGCAACAACGGCCGACAAUGCCGUUCGCGCAGCAGCAGCAGCAACAGGGGGCGAUAAUGGCAUUCAGGCAACAGCAGCAACAGGGGCCGACAAUGCCGUUCACGCAUCAGCAGCAGCAGCAGCCGUACUUCGUUCCCGAAUUCGUCAACCACCAUGACGCGGGCACGGCGGGGGGAAUGCUUCCUCAGUUCCGGCUUGACAACUUUUACGCGUCCGAAGCUGCAGGGGAGUUCCAGGGGUGCAGCUGGGAGCCCAUGGUCCCGGUCCUGGCGACAGGCGAUUCUGCCGGAGCAAUGGCGCCGGCGUCGGCGGAGGCUUCGGUGUUAUCUGGGGCAGGGAACGAGGGGAGCGGCGCACGGGACUGCAUCGACGGCGGCGGUGAUGAGAAGCGUUUUGUGGAUGCCGAGGUUUCGCCGCCAGGCAGCGCACGGGCAGACGGCGGAGACGAUGAUGACUCGCCACAGUAA